UUUGGCAAUAAUCAUCAAUGUUCCCUCCAAGCUGUGCAUGUGUACAGCCAUGCACAAUUAAAAAUCUUGCCGCGCACUAACUUAUUAAUGCCAUGCACCCGUCCAGAGAGGAGCUGGGUGCAGAGAGUGGUAGAGGCACCAGGGCUGGCGUGGGACAUUUACCGGAGCUUAGGUGAAUACAGGAAUACCACCGAUAAGCUUCUGAAUAGUAGCCAAGAGCAAAUACUGCCUGAGAAUACCAGCCAUGCUUCUGAAUAACAGCGUGCACUGAAAGGAGGAGGUGGGACCAAAGUGGCAUGCUCACAGACUGAAGCAGCGUGCUCACAGAUUGCUACACCUUAGAGGGAACAUUGAUAAUCAUCAGUGAACCUGCUUUACCACCAGCAAAUUAUCAGAAUUUGCUGAAUACCUGUUAUAGUUUAUUAGCUAUUCUGGAUAGUUAAGCAGCAGCCGCUAUAUCAGUUUUAAAAGAUUAAAGAUGACUUUGCAGAGUUUGAGUCCUCAGUUUAUUAAUAGCUCGGUAGAUGAAAUACAACAGACAGAUUAUUGGAUUUACUAUAAACUCAACCAACCCUUCAAACUAGUAGCAAGACUGAAGCAUUAUCUAAAGUUUUAUGAUGCAGACAACAUACAGAAGGAAAGGUUCUAAUGACAAACACCUGUAGGCAAACUUCAUGAGCCACACAAAAAGACAGACUCUGAAGAAACUGCACAAGAUUUCCUUCGCACUGAGUUUCCAAAUACCAGAAUGGAACUGUGCCUUGCAAAACCUCCAAAAUGGAUUAAUUAUUUAACUAACAGUAUCAACCUGAAUGCCUAGGCUUAGCUAUGGCUUCCCUUUUUACUGGGAAGAUCCUGAUUGUAAACAACAAGGACUGUGAUGAGCUGGACACAGAGCAUGAACUGAGUCGAAGGUUGGAAAACAAAGUGAUGCUGCUUUAUUUUGGAUCUGGUGAAUGUCCUCGAUGCCAGGAAUUCUCUCCGGUCCUCAAAGAUUUCUUUGUGAGACUCACUGAUGAGUUCUAUGUGGAAAGAGCUUCUCAGCUGGUCCUGGUGUAUGUGUCUCAGGAUGAAACAGAGGAAAAACAAGAAAAGUUCCUGAAGACCAUGCCAAAAAGAUGGCUGUCCCUGCCUUUCCAGGAUGAGUUUAAAAGGGAGCUGGAAUCAAUGUUUGUUGUGUGUGACACGCCUAUAGUGGUGGUACUGAAGCCCAAUGGAGAAGUGAUUUCUGGGAAUGCUGUGGAGGAAAUCGAGCAUCUGGGUCCUGCCUGUUUCAAGAAUUGGGAGGAAGCUGCUGACCUGAUCAACAGGAAUUUUCUCCUGGCAGAGGAUUUUGAUGACAUGUCCCUGAGAAGCAUCACUGACCCCAUCCGCCGCCUCAAGUACAAGCUGGACAAGAAGAUGAAGAAAGAAGAGAGGGAAAAUGAAGAGGAAGAUGCUAUGUCCUGAUCACUGGCGACGCAUAGGGGGUACACACAGGUGCGUGUGCACCCCCUGAGCGUGCCUGUGCAUCCCCUGUGAAAAAGUGCUGCCGACACUGCCAGUGGCACCUGCAGGCGGUCACCGCUUGCCACCCCCACCCCCAUCACUGCCAGUGGCAUCUGCAGGUGGUCUGUGAUUGCCGCUGGCCGCUGCCACCACUGCUGGCGGCGUCUGCAGGUGGUCACUGACUGCCAGUCGGCACUUGCCACUCCCUCCCCACCCUCCCACCACUGACAGCACUGUGGCCGCCUGCGGGAGCUCCCUGCUUGCCGCCACCACGCUCCUCCUACCAAUAGCACUGCCUACCGCUGCUGUCACUUGCAGGAGCUCACUGUGUCCCCCCAGCCUCUGGGGGCACGCAGCGUUCAUGGUCCUGAUUGGGAGUUAAGAUGCUCCAGCUACACGUAUACCAGCUAGAAGACUGGAAUAUAGAGACUCCCCAGCAAAUACCAGCUGCCUUCAGCUCUAAGGCAGUCACUUUCAGAGCAUGACUUUGUAUUUAUAGAUAAUUGUAUUCCCACAAAAAUCUCAGGAUUUCUGUGGCAGCUGUAGGAUCUACCUUCUACUAUCACUGGUAACAUUACACAGCUUAAAGUUUAACUUCUAGGAUUAACUCAUUUCGGUGCUACUGGUCAGACGGCUUCAUCACCAUUUUUUAUGCUCAUUGAUGCACUCCAUUAUCCUAGAUGUUAUGCACAGAUUAUGUAAAACUGUGGCUAACUAUAAUUCAUUAUUCGCUAACCUCUAUUGCCAUCUCCUGGAAGUAAGUGACAGUUGUGGAGAAACCUACCUAUAUCAUGGUUACAAACAAGGCUCUGGCUCUCACUUCACAGUAAUUUCAGCAAAUUUCAAUAAUGUCUUUUAAGCUUUUUCUGCUAGCUACAACCUUAAAACUUAAGUGUAUCAUCAUCAUGGUUUAAUGGGGGGAUUUGAAAUAAAGAGCCAGUUCCAUUUCCUUUAGUCCCUGAUGUAACAAGGCAUAAUCUGAAUGAAGCCUGCUUUGAGGAA